AAUCUUCACCUGCUUACGCCGGAAUUUGCCCUGGCGGGUUUUGCUUUGGUCGUGUUUCUUUUGGACCUGUUUGUGCCCAACGACCGGAAGCACCUGCUGGGAUGGCUUUCUGCGUUAGGAUUGGUUGGUUUAGCGGUUCUGUCCGUUCUUAUGCUUUCUGGUGAGAAGGAGUCGCUGUACAACGGACUUCUUGCCGUAGACGAUUACUCUCUUUUCUUCAAGGUAUUUUUCCUUGCCAUCGGCGUCUUCAUAAUUCUCAGUUCCAUUGACUACGUCAAGCUUCACCUUAACCAUCCCGGCGAAUUUUACGGCCUGCUGCUCUUCUCAAUCCUGGGAAUGAACUUGAUGGCCAUGUCCCGAGAGUUGCUGACUGCCUACAUUUCCCUGGAACUGCUUAGCUUCAGCUUAUAUGUCAUGGUUGCCUAUGCCUUGGGCAAUCCUAAGUCCAACGAGGGGAGUCUUAAGUACAUCAUCAUCGGAGCGCUGUCAUCGGCCAUUCUGUUGUACGGUAUCAGCAUGGUUUACAGUACUCUCGGGGUUACCAAGUUCGAGGCCAUUGCUCAAUCUCUUAUCGACUUGUCCAGCGUUAGUCCCGCUCUCUGGGCCGGAUUGGCGCUUGUGAUAGCGGGCCUGGGGUUCAAGUUGGCAGCGGUGCCCUUUCAUAUGUGGGCCCCGGAUGCUUAUGAGGGAGCACCCCUUCCGGUCACGGCCUAUUUGGCCAUUGCUUCCAAGGCCGCGGCCUUUGCCCUGGUUUUGCGGCUAUUGGCUGAGGCCUUUGUUCCUGUCACGGAACGAUGGGACCAGUGGCAGAUUAUCAUCGUUGUUCUGGCUGCCUUGUCGAUGGUGGUGGGUAACCUGGUGGCGCUAGCCCAAAGCAAUUUGAAGCGAUUGAUGGCGUACUCCAGCGUUGGGCAUGUGGGGUAUAUACUCGCUGGAAUUGCCGUUUUGGCCCCAGAUUCCCUGAUGGGAGCCAAUGGGGUUAUCUUUUACCUGGUCGGCUAUUCCGUAACCAGCAUGGUGGUGUUUGCCGCACUGAUAGCCUUCUUUAACGCCACCGGUCAGGAAGAAAUACCAGACCUUGCCGGUUUGGCCGAUCGGCAGCCCUUCUUAGCCAUGGCAAUAGCCAUUGGCCUCUUCUCGCUAAGCGGUCUACCUAUUUUUGUUGGUUUUACCAUCAAGUUCUAUCUCUUUACCGCGGUGGCCAACGAAGGCUAUCUCUGGCUGGCCGGCCUUGCCAUUCUUACCAGUUUGAUUUCUCUCUACUAUUACCUGCAGGUCAUCAGGCAGAUGUACAUCCAACCGGCCUUGGUAGCUCCCGCCCAGUCAGAUCACGACGAGGUCGAAGCCGAGGAAGGCGCUAGCGGUGAAGGUGAGGAUGACGAACACACUCACACGCCAGCCCACCACGAGUCGUCGGCGGAUUACAUACCUCUUCCGCGACCUUCGGCCGCUCUUAUCUUCGUGGUGGCCCUGGGUUUGAUUGCGACCAUAGCUUUGGGUGUUUACCCCGCUCCGUUGCUGGAACUUGUUGAAGCUGCCAGCGCCGCCAUAAUUCCUGGUGGAUAG